AUGAGUAUGGACAACUACAAUAUCAGUAACUUGUCGGAGACUGUCUAUGUUAUCAUUGAGAGCGAUAGCUGGAAUGUGAAGCCUAAUAUUUACCUAAUCUUAGGGUCUGAACGACAUAUUGUGAUAGAUUCUGGAGUUGGAAGUGGAGACUUGGUGGGUUUUAUUAGAAAACAACCUACCUUCAAAGAUGGCAAUCUUCUGGUUAUCAACACUUCUAAUUUGGCACACCUGGUACAGUAUUUCUCGUUUUUUACAGAAAAAUUUUUUUGUGAAUUUUUUAGAAUAACAUAAUGCCAAAACAUUUUAAAUUCAACAAAAAUCGCGCGUAAAUUUGGUUUUAAAAAUAUUUUCUUUUCAUUUUGAUGCAAAAACGUCAUAAUUUUACAAUAAGUAAAAUAAUUUGCACUUUUGUACGAAAUGUACCUUGUUUUAGACCGGUGCAAAUUACCAAUUCUCAGCUGUCGGUAAAAUGGGCAGAAGUCACAAAGUAGAAGAUCUUUGUGCUUCCGGAGCUAAUCAGAAAUAUACACAGCUGGAACAGAACAGUUACCAAUGGGAAGUGAACAGUUAUCGUGUAACAAGAUGGCUAAAUGAUAAUGAAACAAUAAGUUUAGGUAACAAAUACAACCUUUAAAAGUUUAUUUUCAAAACCUUGAAAGUUUGAAUUUAAUAAACAUCUUUAGGUAACAAUAUAUGCCUAAAAGUUCUCUUUACACCUGGAAUCACGCCAGACUCUAUCAGUUUGUGGUAUGAAUCUGAAAGCCGUCUUUUUACUGGAAAUUUGUUUUAUCAAAUCGAACCGAUCUCUCUCAUAAAUGUUGGAUCUGAUCUAAAACAAUAUGCCAAUUCGAUCAACAGACUUCUGGAACUAGUGCAAGCGCAAAAUCAGCCAGCAGCAGUACGAUACAGUGCUGGAGUAUACGAUAAUGACCAGCCUUGUCUACCAGUUUUUAAAAUAUUUCAGCGGUUUUUGUAUGCUGUUAUCAUUGGAACCGUUACUCCGACUGAUCAGUGA